AUGUCUUCUACAUCCACCACUAAAACAUUGGAAAAACUUCGAGGAGCCUUUUCUGCUUACGGUUUGCCCGAGGUACUAGUGAGCGACAACGGUCCGCAGUUCACGUCAGCUGAGUUUGCUGACUUCAUGAACGCCAACGGCGUGAAACACAUUCGCACCCCGCCUUACCACGCAGCCUCUAACGGUGCCGCAGAGCGCACGGUUCAAACUGUGACACGAGCAUUGCUCAAGCAGGUGCUCGAAGGCGAAGCAACCGGUCGGCAGUGUUCUCUUCAGGAAAAUGUUGACAGUUUUCUGAUCUGUUAUCGCAACACACCAAACAGCGUGACUGGGAAAACGCCCGCCGAACUAUUCCUAAGGCGCCAGCCACGCACAAAACUUUCCCUGCUUAAACCCGACUUUGUCGGCGCCAUGCAACGCAAGCAAGAACAUGUGAAGGAACAACGCGAUGUGUCGCGAGGUGCUGAACGUGUGUUCAACGUGGGCGACCGUGUUUUUGUGAAAACAGUGCGCGGUGAGUGUGUCUCCUGGGAAGAAGGAAUCGUGUGUCAGGUUGUCAGUGCUGCGACCUACGUUGUGAAAGUGCUCAACCAGCUUCGCUUCACGCACGCUGACCACCUGCGUCCUCGACAUGCGGAACCCAUCGCGAGACCGGGCCGUACGACUGUGGAUGACGAUCCAUCGAUACCGCCACCCACGAGCUUUCCAGCCCAGGUGCCGUCAGCACCACCCAGUGCGAAGGCACCGACGCUAGCGGCGCCACCUCCAGACGCGGCUGGUACGACGCCGACGCCUGACGCAACAGCACCACGGCGCCACCCGCAGACCCCGCCCGGGAAGGACCGGCGACACCUACUGCAGCAACGCCGGUUCCGUCUACGACAGCGGAGAAGCAACCCCUUCGACGAACUUCUCGCGCAUGCAAGCCGCCUGACCGUUUUAAACCCGAGGACUUUAGGAAAUGAACAUUUUUUGCGUGAGGGGGAAGGAAAUGUUGUAGCGUGCGGAUUGAGUUAUCGCGACUGA